AACUUAAAUGACCAAACCACCCUCUAUGAGGAUAUCAUUUUAGUGGUCAGCAAUAGGCAAACUCUACAAACAGAUAUAACUGAAAUCAAAUCACAUACACAACUUCUCUCUCAUACACUUCCAACAAUACCAUCCUCACUCAAACACUUCACCAUGGCUCACUUAGCAAACUUGAAUGGAAUCUCUGAAACUUUACUACCCAUUCCUAAGCUUCCAAACCUCCAAAGGACCCCGAAGAGGACAUCAAUACUUGGAUUUCAUGGCAACCAAACACAGGAAUUUCAAGACCAACCACUCAUCCAAACAACAAGAAGGAUAGCAAUUGGGAUUGCCUCAAUUGCACUGUUUGGAAAUGCCAGCAUUGGAAAAUCUCUUGCAGAGGACAAUGGGUUUUGGCUCACUAGUCCUCUACCUGUACCCACUGUCAACAACAAGAUUGCAAACAAGGAGACCGGGACUCGUUCUUUCCUCAAAAAAGGAAUUUACAUUGCAAACAUUGGGACAAAGGGAAGCGCACUCAGGCUAAGGAAAUAUGCAUUUGAUCUCCUAGCAAUGGGAGAUUUGAUAGCCCAAGAUGCCUGGAGUUUCGUUCGGAGAUACCUUCGCCUCAAGUCGACCUUCAUGUACUAUGAUUUCGACAAACUAAUCUCAGCAGCACCAGCAAAUGAUAAGCAACCUCUCACUGACCUCGCCAACAGAUUGUUCAACAGUUUUGAAAAGCUUUUAGACGCUGUGAUAAAGCAUGACCUUCCUCGGACAGAAUCGUGUUAUCAAGACACUACAACUAUUCUGCAAGAGGUCAUGAUUCGAAUGGCAUAAAUCAGCACAACAUAUCAAUCUGAUUUCUCUAUUGUGGACUGUGCAAAACAUCACAAUUGUUCAUAAAUUCGAAAAGAGCAGUGUUAUGUAUUCUUUUUUCGUCUCCAUUUUCAGUUAAAUCAUACAAAGGAUAAGCGAAAA